CUCCAUUCAAUCAAAAAUGGCUCUGCACACUACAGAUACGCUCGUGGAGCUAAAACAAAAGGUUGGCAGUUGUAUCGACGAAGCCAAAGACAGGCUUCAUCGUCUUAGUAAAGACAUAUGGAGUUGCCCAGAACUCGCAUAUGAAGAAAGAAAGUCCCACGACAGGUUAGUUACAUUUUUCUCAGAGGAGAAGGGGUGGACUGUGGACAGUCAUUUUAAGCUCGAGACAGCAUUCCGUGCCGUAUGGGGACCUGUCGGUGGCAAGAAGAACAAUAAUGUCAUAAAUGUUGGUUUCUUGAGUGAAUACGACGCACUGCCGGGCAUUGGACAUGCAUGUGGCCAUAACCUCAUUGCGGAAAUAGGAGCUGCUGCAGCGAUCGGAUUAAAAGCUUUGGUAGAACGCACACCCGAUUUUCCCGUCCCUGUACAGGUGACAGUGUUGGGAACCCCAGCAGAGGAGGAUGGAGGGGGUAAAAUCGACCUGAUAAGGGAGAGGGCGUUUGAUGGCAUGGACGUGGUAUUCAUGGCUCAUCCCUCACAGGAGGAUGCCUCCUGGCUGCCAGAUGUGGCUGAACAUGAUGUCAUAGUGAGAUACCAUGGCAAGGCAUCUCAUGCUGCAGCCUAUCCCUGGGAAGGGGUCAACGCGCUGGACGCUGCUGUGCUUGCCUACAAUAACCUUUCAGUGCUCAGACAGCAACUCAAGCCAGACUGGAGAAUCCACGGUAUCAUCAAGCAUGGAGGGGUGAAACCCAACAUCAUCCCUGCCUACACAGAGCUGGAGUACUAUCUCCGAACUCCCUCACGUAAAGAUUUGCCCACCAUCAAGGCCAAGGCUGAGAUGUGUUUCAGAUCCGCUGCCAUGGCAACUGGCUGUGAAGUUGAACUGGAGUUCGCAAGGAAUGCCUUUCACAACGUCCUGCGGAAUCCCACCCUGCAUGGGUUGUAUGAGGUAAACGGCAAGGCUUUGGGGAUGGAAUUUACUACAGAUGAAGAGGUCCUCAAAAACUCCUUUGGCUCCACAGACUUUGGCAAUGUGUCUUUUAUUGUACCUGGAAUCCACCCUUACUUUUACAUUGGCUCAGAUGCUCUAAACCACACAGAGGAAUACACCGUAGCUGCUGGUGAUGAUAAAGCUCAGUUCUACACCCUGCGGGCGGCCAAGGCCCUGGCCAUGACAGCACUGGAUGUGCUGCUGUGCCCAGAGCUGCUGCAGAGAGCCAGAGAGGAGUUAAAGGAGGCUAACCUAAAGGAGGAGCGGGCCCUGAGAGGGGCCUCAGAGGCCAAACAUUGUGGAGGGGCAGCCCAGCACUGAACCACAUACUGUAUACUAACAGUAGGCUCUGGCAGAUAGCCUACCAUGUCAUCUCCUGCCCACCUGAUUCAACCAAUCAACUUCAUGAUCUCACUGAAAUGAAUUAGCUAACUUAGCGCGGAGCUAGAACAAAACCCUGUGAUCUGUAGCUCUCUAUUGACCAACGUUUGUGUUCACUGAUCUUUCUGGUCAAAGGUAACCAUAAUAGAGUGAAAUACUACUGAUCCACUGAUCAGUUUUGAUAUUCCAACAGCUGAUGAUGGGCUAUUGAUUGGAGGAAAAUCUUAAUAAACUUGAUAUUCAGCCAUUCAAUAGGCCCUAAAAGCACUAUUUGGUGCUUCUACCAAAGAUAUGAGCCUCUGUUAUGUGUGAGCACUUGAAUUGUUAUUAUCAUUACAUUAUAAAAACACCCUCAUUACAUUUUGUAAA